GUCGGUAAUCAGCUGAGGUAGCAUUUCCUCUGUGAUAGGCCAGCGUUAUCUUGCCUUCGUGAGAGACUGUUGGAGUGAACAUUAACCUCAGUCUUCCUCUUCUGUUUACUUCAUCAACUACAUGUCUCUCUCCUCACGUCUUAUCCUCUUCGUUCUCUUGUCUCUCCUAGUCAUCCACCUCUCUCUGUCUUCCCCACGGCGAAGAGGAAGAGGGAGAGUGCAGGAGGAAGAAAAGGUGGAGGACGAAGAAGUUAAAGAUGAGGUGGAAGUAGAGGAGGAGGAGGACGACGACGACGACUGGGGUCUCCUUCCUGGAGAAGUGGAUGCAUUCAGAGACGUGUUGAUUAAUUUGAUGGAUAUUUUCGACGAUGGUUAUGGUGCCACGAGUAAGCGUCAGAGAAGCAAGAAGUGUCGCGGGCGUGGGUGCAGGAGAGGGCGUGCUCGGGAUCAGCAGCUGGAGGAGGAGGAGGAGGAGGAGGAGGAGGAGGAGGAGGAGGAGGAGGAGGAUGAACCUGCAGUGGUCAUCGUGGUGGAAGACAAGCAAGCUGACCCCACACAUCUUACCUUCGCCUCGCUCCUCUAUCAAGACGAGGCCCCGUGGGGCCGCUGUCCUCGAUCAUGCGUCGCUAGGAGGUUCAGGAGCUGCAAGUACAGGACUCUGUGUGGGGAUCGGAGUUUGAUGGAGGAGGCUUACUGCUACGUCCCCGGGUCUGCCUGCCAGGACCAGGUAUUAGAGCAGCUGGACAGAGAAGGUUACGUGAUUGUGGAAGAUAACGAGGCAGAUGUUCUGAUGGAUGACACCAUGCAUGACCACCGUCACGUGUCCGACAAUGACAACACAAUCACAGGAGAGGAGGAUCUUUAUCCUGAUAGUGAUAGUAACAUCGAUGGGGACUAUUAUGAUUAUGGCUGGUCUGACUUCCUAUCUGAUAACACCGGCGAUGGCGACGUAAACAAUAACGAAGAUGAUAAUGUUAUAGAUGAGGAGGAGCACCACGAAGAGCAGGACGAAGAAGAGAAAGUAGUAAAGGAGGAAGAACACCAGCAUGAGGAAAGAAUUUGUGGAAAGAAAUCUAUCAGGACCCGUGAUAACAUGCUGAGGAUCUUGGGAGGGCGAGAGGCCAGAUAUGGAGAGUGGCCUUGGCAGGUGGCUGUACUUAAUAGGCUCAAGGAGACGAUGUGCGGAGGCACGGUUAUAGCCCCACAGUGGGUCCUGACUGCAGCCCACUGUGUAGAAAAGAGAUUGUACGUCCGUUUAGCGGAGCACGACUUAACUGUCCAUGACCAACAUGAAAUGGAAAUACGGGUAAAACACAUUUUCGAGUACCCUGAUUAUGACCCGGAGACCUUUGAACACGAUUUGGCACUGCUGAAGUUGCCGCGAGAAGUGCCUUACAACAAGUACAUCAGAAGUGCCUGUCUACCAGGAAGGGCAACGCCGCCACCAGCCAGGAGUAAGUGUGUGAUUGCUGGCUGGGGAAAGAAGAAUGAAGCUCACAUCUUCGGCUCCGAUGUCCUCAACUAUGCCCGGGUGCCCAUUGUUACCAGAUCAGCAUGUCAACGCUCGUACCCUGAAUUCCCCAUCAGCAAGAACCAAAUCUGUGCUGGCUACAUUAAGGGAUCCUCCGAUACAUGCUCAGGCGACUCAGGAGGACCACUGAUGUGUGAGGACGAGCACAAGGUGUGGACAGUGCAUGGGGUCACUUCCUUCGGUGAAGGCUGCGGCAUCCAUGGCAAGUACGGUGUCUACACCAAGGUGGCCAACUACCUUCCCUGGAUCAAGCAAGUCAUCGCUGAUAACUAAGGCAGCUCAUUCCAAAUUAUACUCGCUAGCGCUGAACCAGUUGGGAGGGAAAAUGGUCGUGUAGCACCUGGAAGGAAAUGAGGUUUGAUCCGAGGAAGGGUUAGGUACGGCAAUUCCAAUUCCCUAGAUGAAGGAUUCAUUUACCAGCAUAAAGGCUCGCCACCUUAAAGGGUCUUGGGGUAGAACAGAUUUAUUCAUAGGGAAGUGGUGAAUAACUAGUCUUCAAUACUGUAAGAAAUGCCACUUCAGUUUUUCUUUUCAAUCACAUGGUAUAUGUUGUAUUUCACCAAUAAAGGUCACCAGUCUACUUUGACCAGAUCUACUGAUGCUUCCUCUCUAGUUUUUUGGAAUGUAGUUUUCAUAAGUAGGACAUGGUUAUUAUUACUGUAUAUUCACUGCAGUACAGCAGUCUUUGUACAUGAAAAAUAAAAGAAAUGGAAGUGU